GUUGCAUGUGUGCCGCUCGCUGAUGAAAUACGCUGCUUAAAAUAACAAUGUUCGCUCGCUGCGCCCUAAGAACCGUGCAGGGGGCGUGGCCUCGAUGCAGAUACGUCGGAAUUCGGCCACUGGCCGCCGGUUUCCACGUGAGCGCAUCGCAAUUGCAGCCAAGCAAGCAGACCAAACUUGAGCUAAAGCGUCGCCUGAAGGCCGAGCAAAAGGCCAAGGAGAAGGCCGAAAAGGCGGCCGCUGCACCGGCUCCCGAAGGAGCUGCUGGCAAGAAGAAGAGCAGCGCCGCCGAGGAGGAGGAGAUCUCGCCCAAUGAGUACUUUAAGCUGCGCUCCGCUGCCGUCCAGGAGCUGAAGCGUACGCCCGAAACGGAUCCCUAUCCACACAAGUUCCAUGUGAGCAGCUCGCUGGAGGACUUCAUUGCCAAGUAUGAGACUAGCUUGAAGGAGGGCGAGACGCUGGAGAAUGUGAAACUGAGUGUGGCUGGCCGUGUGCAUGCCAUCCGCGAGUCGGGCGCCAAGCUCAUCUUCUACGAUCUGCGCGGCGAGGGUGUCAAGGUGCAGGUGAUGGCCAGCGCCAAGUCUUACAAGUCGGAGGCGGAUUUCGAGACCGAUACCGCCAAGCUGCGACGUGGCGACAUCAUCGGCGUGAUCGGACAUCCCGGCAAGACCAAGAAGGGUGAACUGUCCGUGAUGCCCAGCGAGAUCAAGCUGCUGUCGCCGUGUCUACACAUGCUGCCCCAUCUGCAUUUCGGCUUGAAGGACAAGGAGACGCGCUAUCGCCAGCGCUACCUCGAUCUCAUUCUCAACAACAAAGUGCGCGAGAACUUCCAGAUCCGUGCCAAGAUCAUAUCGUACGUUCGCCAGUUCCUGGAUCGUCUGGGUUUCCUGGAGAUCGAGACGCCCAUGAUGAACAUGAUAGCCGGUGGUGCCACUGCCAAGCCCUUUGUGACGCAUCACAAUGACCUAAAGAUGGACCUGUUCAUGCGCAUUGCACCCGAGCUGUACCACAAGAUGCUGGUGGUAGGUGGACUCGAUCGCGUGUACGAGAUCGGACGGCAGUUCCGUAACGAGGGCAUCGACCUCACCCACAAUCCCGAAUUCACCACGUGCGAGUUCUACAUGGCGUAUGCCGACUACGCCGACAUUAUGGACAUCACCGAGCAGUUGGUCUCGGGAAUGGUGAAGGCGAUCCGUGGCUCCUACAAGAUCACCUAUCAUCCGGAGGGUCCCGAGGGACCUGAGCAAGAACUGGACUUUACGCCGCCAUUCAAGCGCGUAUCCAUGAUCAAAACGCUGGAGGAGAAGCUGCAGGUGAAGUUCCCGGCGGCCGAUACCUUCAAUUCGCCGGAGACAAAUCAGUUCCUGUCCCAGUUGUGCGCCAAGCACCAGGUCGAGUGCCCCGCUCCGCGCACCACCGCCCGCUUGCUGGACAAGCUCGUCGGCGAGUUCAUUGAGGAGUUUUGCGUGAAUCCGACGUUCAUCUGCGAGCAUCCGCAGAUCAUGUCGCCGCUGGCCAAAUACCAUCGCAGUAUUCCCGGCCUGACGGAGCGUUUCGAGCUGUUCGUGGCCAAGAAAGAGAUCUGCAACGCCUACACCGAGUUGAACGAUCCGGUUGUGCAGCGCGAGCGUUUCGAGCAGCAGGCCAGCGAUAAGGCGGCCGGAGAUGACGAGGCCCAGCUGGUCGACGAGAACUUCUGCACGUCCCUUGAGUACGGACUGCCGCCCACUGGCGGUUUCGGCAUGGGCAUCGAUCGCCUGGCCAUGUUCCUCACGGACUCCAACAACAUCAAGGAGGUUCUGCUGUUCCCCGCCAUGAAACCGGAGGAUGCCAACCGCAUGGCAGCGGAAACUGCUCCCGCCGCCGCUGCCGCCCAGCAGUAGAUGGCCACCACCAUCGCUCACUCCACUCAACCCCAAUCCCUGUACGUUACGCUGGUUCCGGACUAGUCCCAGAUGCUAAGUUAUUCAACCAAUAAACAUUUUUUUCCAAUA